AUGACGAUCGUGUACGCGCUGAUCGCGCGAGGGAAGGCGGUGUUGGCGGAAUUCACAGCUACGGCGGGGAACUUCCCGACAGUUACAAGGGUCCUUCUCAACAAGAUCCCUACCGAGGCAACAAGAAUGUCCUACGUUUGGGACGCUCACGUGUUCCACUACAUCGUGGAGAAUGGGGUCACCUACCUGUGUAUGGCUGACGAGCAAUCACGGCGACGGGUGCCCUUCGCCUUUCUCGAGGACAUCAAAACUAAGUUCGGCGCGCAAUACGGAGCCAGUAUCCACACCGCACCGGCCUUCAGCAUGAAUGCCGAGUUCGCCCCCAUCCUUCAAAGGCAAAUGGAUGCGUUCAACUCGAACCCUCCAGGGGAUUCCCUACAGGGGGUAAGGUCACAAAUCGAAGACGUGCGCGCGGGCAUGCUGGAGAAUGUCGACAAGGUGCUGGAGAGAGGAGAAAAGAUUGAGUUGCUGGUGGACAAAACCGAUCAACUGAACCAACAAGCGUUCCGUUUCGACCGGGCAUCGAGGAGCUUAAGACGAACCAUGUACUGGCGGAAGGUCAAGACCGGUGUCGCCGCUGCUGGCGUAGCAGUUAUCCUGAUGUUUGCUGCUGGGGCGACGGCUUGCGGAGGAGUGACCUUCUCCCAUUGCCGAUCUUGAGUCGUUGCUGUAUUGGGGACUAGGUGUCGAAAGUUUGCCAACGGUGCACGAGAGUAUGUGCGCUACUCUGCAUGUAGGGGGGGGAUCGAACAUGCAAGAACUGCUGUGUAUCUACGUAUGCCGCCAUUAUGCAACGCGGCAAGGGUUGCUUCGACGAACAGGAUAAUAUUGCUUUGCUGUGAUAGGUAUUCCGCGCGCAACGCGUUCUCUUUAUUAGGCUGCAUUGCCUGCGGCUAGCUCCUUGGUACGUGAUCAACCGAUAGUGAGUAUAAGUCGCGCUUAAGACAUGUGUUGUCGUGUGCUGUAAUGCGGCGGUGUUAAAGUAGUUGUUCACCGUUUUUUGUACAUUCCGUUGCACGUUGUUGCACCCUGCGGCUUCCUAGCUAGUUUUAGACUAGACUUCAUUUGUUCCUUC